AUGAACUCGCCGCCAAACUCAUUCUCUCGUCAAUCCGACGAUUCUCCACCCUCCAAUACCUCCAAUCAGAGAGAUAGCGCCGAAAAGGAUCAACAUCUACCUGUCUACCGCCACAUGAUACCCCCAUCUCCAGCGUCUUCGACGACAUCUCCGCUGGCUGUAGGCUCGGCCCACGAAGCGGCUCUUAUACAAAGCAUUGAGCGAGGCGAUUACGCGACCGACGACGACGAAACACGGAGCCUGACCGACAGUAUACGACAGCACAUUGUAGAGGGUGGUUUGCGGUAUCAUAGCUACCAUGCAGGAAAAUACCUUUUCCCUAACGACGAAGCCGAGCAAGAUCGAGAAGAACUAAAGCAUAACUUGACCGUGUACCUGUGUGAUGAUAAACUCUUCUUUGCGCCAAUUGAGCAAUUAUUGGAAAGGGGAGCUGAAGUGCUCGAUCUGGGCACAGGAAUUGGGAAAUGGUGCAUUGACCUUGCCGAUAUCUACCCCAACUCACAAUUCCACGGUAUGGACCUUUCACCUAUACAGCCGGACUGGGUCCCGGAGAAUGCCAUCUUUGUUGUCGACGACAUAGAGCAUGAAGCUGGCUGGACCUAUGGAGACGAGACAUUUGAUUACAUACAUAUACGCCACACAGUUCAUUCCAUCAAAGACCGAGAAUUGCUCUGGGAACGAAUCUGGAAACACCUUAAACCAGGAGGCUACGUAGAAAUCCAGGAGUUUAACUACAUCGCAGCUUGCGACGACGACUCAUGCGACGGUCCAUACGCUUGGCGGGACUAUUGCAAUUAUCUCCUCGAAGGCAUGCUAGCUCUUGGCACAGAUCUCCACGGCAUCAGUCACGUAGGGCACGAACUUCACGAAGCAGGCUUCGAAAACAUCACAACCAAAGGCUACAAGUGCCCAGUUGGUCCGUGGGCGAAGAAGAAACGGCUUCAAGAGUGCGGCCAUGUUUUAAGAGAUGUCGUUCUGUUGUCUCUCCAUGGCCUAUCCCGAAAACCGUUUCGUGAUGGCCUUGGCUGGACAUUGAUCCAGAUCGAGAUGUUUCUCAUCGAAGUUCGAAAGUCAUUGACUCAGGAAGUCAAUGGCUUACCAAAGUUCCAUACUUAUUUCCCUUACUACAACAUUCACGCCCGGAAGCCCCUGAAUUCGCAAAGACCGAUUAGGGAAGACGCGUAAAAGACAGGUGUUGCUGGAAACACCACGACGCAUAGCAUAUACGACAUUGCAUAUUUCAUAACGAUUUGACGAGAUAUAACUUCAUCAGCAUAAGAAAGCACCAACAAACAUGGGAGCAUGGCCUGGCG